UUUCGGGGAAAUUACUGGUCAGUUGGAGCGCACCCAAAAAUACUCGCUCCCUGUUGGUCUGAAGGCAGUUUUAUUUGAUAUUGGCUUCCCAAAUAACCUAAACGCCGAGGUGUUGGAGAUGUCAAGACAGUGUAACUCGUCACUGGCAAACGUCAGACAACAGCCAACCCAAGUCGCACCUAUGUUCAUCUCACUCGCCAAGCUCAUCAGUGGUCUCGUAAUUUUAACGUAUACUCAUGCGUCACCUGUGCCCGAGCCAACGACACCAACCCACAACAUCACGUUCCCCGACCUUCUCCCUCGCCAGGAGUGUCGAGAUCUCAUCUACCAUAUAGGGAGUCGCACGUGCAAUUCUAUUGCCACACAAUACAAUAUAACCGUGUCGGAACUGGGAUCAUUGAUUCGUUAUACAGUGAGCCCUGUAAUUUGCAUCCCACCUGAAUGGCGUCCGCCGGUGGAAUAUACGGGUCCUCCAGAAAUACCACCAUGCAAUAGUACCUAUUCCUCUGUGGCAGGUGAUACUUGUCGCUCUAUUGGACUUCCACUGGGCCUCCUUGAUUACCAGAUCUGGGCGGCUAACCGACUCAUAGACUGCCACAAUAUCCCGGAGGGAACAUCCAUUUGCAUCCCUCCUAUCCCCUUCCCUUCGAGAGCCACACCUCUCUGCCCUUUUAAUGUAUGGGUUAAUCCUCCUGAUACUUGCGAUCAGAUUGGAAUAAUGCUCGGCCCCAACUAUGCUGUUGGUGGUCAAGCCAUCCGCGACGCGAAUCCCUGGGUCACCUGCGACGAUAUUCCACCACUUCUAGCGGCACUAAUUUGGCUUCUUCCACAGCACCUGUCUCCACCGUUGAUGUCACGUCAUAAAGUGUCACCAGGGAGUCGCUUCUGUAUGGAUGACGCCGAGGUCAGCUCUACCGCUCUCGUCUCCUUAG